UCCCUUCUCUUCCUUGCUACGCCGUUGACAUUUGACAGCGACGGUUAUGCAACUUUCAACCCGUACAAGUUCCUCUGACUCUAACGCCGAAGAACCGCCGAAGAAAUUGCAUAAUCAUGCGCCACCGUCGCUGUCACAACUUCCAGAUGAAAUAACUCUGAGCUGCUUAGCACGCGUGCCCCGAUGUUACUACCCGUCUGCUUCACUGGUCUCCACAACCCUGAGGCGUCUCAUCGCUUCUCCGCAGAUCUACGCAGAACGGUCGUUACUCCGCCGCACAGAACACGUCCUCUACGUCGCGCUUAGACCUUACUGUACGCAAACCCUUCGAUGGUACACUCUCAAUCUCAUCGAACCUAAUUUCGGACAAGAAGAGUCCGGAUCAGUAGUUAAACACCGUUUGGUUCCUGCUCCGUCGUUCCCUUCGGUUCCUUACUGGGGAAUCUCUACCGUCGCCGUCGGUUCAGAGAUUUACUUCCUCGGUGGAUGCGUCGACGGCAGCUUCGUCUCCACUGCGUUCGUCGUCGACUGUCCGUCUUACACGUGUCGCUCCCUCCCUAGCAUGAAGCAAGAACGAGGAUGCGCCGCCGCGGGGAUCGUGGACGGGAAGUUGUAUGUGAUGGGAGGGUGUGACCCUCUGUCUUCGAACUGGGUGGAGGCUUUUGAUCUAAAGACUCAGACUUGGGAGACUGUGACGUGGGGUCUUUAUAACAACGUGGAGGAGGUGUAUGAGAAAACGAUCAGGAGUUUCGCGAUGGAUGAUAAGAUCUGCAUAAUGGAUCGAAACAGUAGCUUUGUUUACGAUCCUAAAGAAGGAAGCUUGGAGAGUGACUUGUUGUUGAACACGCGGUGGAGGGUGGGUUCUUGCGUCAUUGAUGACAAGAUGUACAGUUUUGAUCUGGAGAAUAAGUUAUGGGAGUUUGAUCCUGUCUCCAGGGUUUGGAGCCAAGUGAAGGGUCUUGAAGAUUUUUCCGUUGAGCGUUGUGAUGUUUCUAAGAUGGCGAGUUAUGGUGGCAAAAUUGCGAUUUUGUGUAACCUUGAUAGGCGUUCUACGGAGAUUUGGUACACGGAGAUCGGGUUGGAAAGGAGGGAAGGAGGAGAGGUUUGGGGGACCAUCUUGUGUUCUAGUCUUGUGCUUGCUUCCGAUGGUUUUUCUACCAUUGUACGAUCUCUCUCUGUGUCAUUCUGAUGAGUGAUGAUGACACUACUCCAUUGAGAAUGUUAUUUUUAUGUUGCAGCUUACAGGUUUAAGUUUGAAAAUGUAUUUGAGCAGCUUGGUUUGAUCGAGAUGAAGAUCUAAGGCGAUAAACUAUUGGAUGUUGAAUUUUCUUGCCCUUUGUUUCUUUCUUUUGCAAAUCUAUGGAUGUGGUUUUAUUUUAUUUUAUUCUUAUGACGUGAACUUAUCAUCCACCAAGGGCUUCACUGUUUUUUGCAAAUUUAUAUUUUGGGAACUA